AUGAAUAAGAAAAAAUUGGCGAUUACAAAAUUUUUGAUACCUUUCGAAUCGGUGACGUCAUGUAAUAGAAAUUUGGGGUGGUUUACUAAGGUCCCUAAGGCUCCUCCCGAUAAUAUAUUUGGGGUUCUCGAUGCUUACAAUAAAGAUAAAUCAAAAGAAAAAGUUAAUCUCACGGUGGGGGCUUACAGAGACGAUAAUGGUAAACCGUAUGUUUUGCAAACAGUCAGGGAGGCCGAAAAAAGAAUCAGAUGCAAAAAUAUGAAUAAGGAAUAUUUGGGUUUAUUGGGGAAUUUGAAUUUUAAUAAAUUGACUUUCAAUUUCGCGUUGGGGGAAGAUAACAAAUUUUUGAAAAACGGUCGGGCGGCUUUGUGUCAAAGUUUAUCAGGUACGGGCGCUGUAUUUAUAGCCGCCGUUUUUUUGAGCACGUUUUUUCCGAAAAAUAAAGUUGCUUACGUUUCCAAACCGACUUGGGGCAAUCAUAUCAGUCUUUUGGAAAGAGCCGGAUUGUGCGUUAAAACCUACAGGUAUUAUAAUACAGAAAAAGUGGCGAUAGAUUUCGAAGGGAUGUUAGAUGACAUCAACAAAAUGCCCGACGAAUGUAUCAUAUUAUUUCACGCCGCCGCCCACAAUCCCACAGGAUUCGAUCCCAAUUGUGAGCAAUGGCAACAAUUAGCCGAUUUAUGUAAAAAAAAAUCUUUAUACGUCAUAUUCGAUAACGCUUAUCAAGGUUUCGCUACCGGGGAUGCCGAAAGAGACGCCACGUCCAUACGUAUUUUCGCCGAAAAUGACAUCAACAUGGCGAUAUGUCAAAGUUUUUCCAAAAACAUGGGUUUGUAUGGAGAACGAAUCGGUUGUUGCGCUUUCAUAACCGACGGUCCCGCAGAAACCGAAAUAGCAGAGUCCCAAUUAAAGUUUAUCACCAGAUCGAUGUACUCCAACCCGCCGAUACACGGCGCCAGAAUCGUCGAAGAAAUAUUAUCGAAUGUCGAUUUGAAAAACAGAUGGUUGCAAGAGGUAAAGAAAAUGGCGGAACGCAUGAGGAGCAUGCGCGCGAGUUUACGCGACGGGAUCGUCAGAGCCGGUUCGAAACUGAAUUGGGACCACAUCACCAAUCAAAUCGGCAUGUUCUCCUUUACGGGGGUGAAAAAAGAAGCCGUCGCCAAGCUCAAGAAGGAUUUCCACGUGUAUCUUUUGAAUAGCGGACGGAUAUCCGUUUCCGGAUUGAAUAGUAAGAACGUCGAGUACGUGGGGGCGGCUUUUCACAAAGUUACCUCCGUUUGA